CAAAUAUAUAAUAUAUUCAUAUUAUAUAAAUAUGUGUAUAUUAAUUAUUACAUAUUAAUAUAAUCUGUAUAUAAAGCUGCUUUAAGUUGUCCCACAGAUCACUGAUGUACUGUUCAACUUUAUAUUUCUUUUUUCUCUCUGUAUUUCGUUUUGAACAUUUUCUUCAAUUUCACUAAUUUGCAAUGUCUAAUCCGCUAUUAACCUCAUCCGGCAUAUAUUUUACCUCAGACACUGUAGCUUUAAUCUCUACAUUUGGACUUUUAAAAAUAUCUUCUGUCAGUACACCUGGCAGUCCCAAGGAUCUGCCUCUUGCUUCAACAGUAUUUGGAUGGAACAGACCCAGGGACACCUCUUCUACCAGCCUCUGACCACCCUCCAACAUGUUUUCUAGUCCCAACUUUCAGAGCCAUCUUCUCAGCCACCCUCUGCCUCUGAGAUCAGCUAACACCCUAUUUUGAGCUUAGCUCAUUAUUACAGAUCAACAAUGAGCUGCCGGAUUAAUCAGAAUUAUUCCACUAAGUUGGAGACCGCCACCAAUUGCCUGGUCAACAUGCACCUGCGGGCCUCCUACACCUUCCUCUCUCUGGGCUUCUAUUUCAACCAUGAGGAUGUGGCUCUGGAAGGUGUGAGCCACUUCUUCUACAAGUUGGCUGAGGAGAAGCACAAGGGUGCUGAGCAUCUCUUGAAGAUGCAAAACCAGUGUGGUGGCCAUGCUCUCUUCCAGGAUAUGCAGAAGCCAUCCCAAGAUGAGUGGGGUAAAACUCAGGAUGCCCUGGAAGCUGCCCUAUUUCUGGAGAAGAACCUGAACCAGGCCCUUUUGAAUCUGCAUGCCUUGGGUUCUGCCCAUGCAGACAUGCAUCUCUGUGACUUCCUGGAGAACCACUUCCUAGAUGAGGAGGUGCAACUCAUUGAGAAGAUGCGCAACCUUCUGACUAACCUCCGCAGGCUGGCUGGCUCCCAGGCUGGGCUGGGUGAGUAUCUCUUCGAAAGGCUCACCCUCAGCCACAACGAGGAGUCUCUGGAGCCCAGCAGCCUUUGAGGGGCCCCUUUGGCAUCCCUCUGGCUCCAGGCUUAUGCCUGAGCCUCUCCCUACAACACUGGGCAGCUUUUUAACCAUCCUGGAGCCCUCUCCUAAGCUGUGGCUGUGGACCAAAUGGAAACAACAAAGCUUUUUGCAGCAGCUGGUGAAAAAAAUUUUUUUUAAAUAUCUUCCAUGUCUCUACUUGACUUUUUGAACAUACACUGCCGGAGUCCAGCUCCAGCAAGCGGGUCCAGGGGUUCCCAAAGGAUGAACAGCAUUGGCAAAAGAGCGAAAAUAAAACAAAACUAAAAUAAAAAACAAAAAUAAAAAUGGACACAGACAACAGCAGUGUGUUGAAUUGGCCGCUUUAUUGUGGUAAACGUGCCAUUAUAUUUGCUAGCAAUUUCCUUGUAGCAUACGUCAUCUAUGUUUUCUAGCAUUACCUAAUUUUAAAAAUGUUCCUAUGUGUAAUCACCCUUUAAGGAAUAACAUGGUUAUUUUCUCAUAAUGUUCCCUCCUGCCCUUUGCUUAUUGAUUAAUUUCUUACAUUAUUUUCAUUAUGUAUCUACAUUUAUCUAUAAUCUAUAGAGCGUUUGCUUUGCUGUUUUCAUGAAAGGUCAUCUAUCUCUCAACACCUCAAAUGGAACAGUUACAGGGACAUGACCUCUUAGUUGUUUCCCCGAACCAUUUGUGGUUUGAGGAACAAAAGUGUUCGCCUUGGUCCGAGGUGCCAGGCGGGGGUCAAGAGGGCCUUAGGAACCCACGCCUAGUACAUUCUCAGAGAGACAAUGCACCUAGGAACUAAUGAACCAUUCUGUACUUUAACCGACUAGGUUCAACCAUCAUCUGGAAUGCCUCCUGGGGGCCAAGUGGGCCUAGGGGUUGGAGUAACUUGUGCCCAUAGAUACACUCCUUUGUUGCCAGAGUGGGGCUUUCAAAUGCAUGUGUCCCUCCUGGGCUUGCAAAUGUAUGAGGCUAUCCUUCCUUCAAAUAGAGGAGUCUCCAUAGGGGAUGGCAAGGGUCAAAUGUAGGGCCGCACAAUUUCCUUGCGGAACCUAUUUUCUUUUCUAAUGGUUUGUUUCCCAGGGGGCCUGUCAAGGACAGUUCCCCAACAGACAAUUCCCCAGGUACUUUUAUUAAGGCCAAAUUAUAUAAAAGCGGGAGGACAAGAAGCUUCACUGUCAGUGGGCCGCCUUGCAGUCCCAGUCCAUUCGCAGCAUCUGUCCUUGACAUCAGGCUGGGAUAGCUUGGCUUCCAGCAAUACACAAAAUAUCAUUUUAAUACUGUCUGCUAAUUCCAAUGUGUAUACCAGGUCUGGAUUGGCUUCAAUUAAUUGUUGUCUCUGCAAAAUGGUGCAUAUUUUCUUGCUUUCUUUGUUUACCUAGUAAUCUUGACUGGAUGGCAGACAUUGUGAACUUUACCUUGUUGAGUGAUGGAUAUUUUUGAAUUUUUGUAAAUAUUCUUCAACAUUGUUCUGAAAUGCACUUAAGUUACUUGGAAAUCAUUUGAUCCUUU